GCAUGCAUAAUGCACCAACUCAACAUAGCUAGCAAGAGUUACAUUGAUUAAUCCCUCAAAUAAGCCAAAAAGAUUCCUUAAAGGAUCCAAUAUGGAUCCACCAAAGAGGCCUAACAAGAUCAGAGAAAUUGUCAGGCUUCAACAGAUCCUUAAGAAAUGGAGAAGGGUAGCCAACUCUUCAAAAACAACCAGAAGUAACAGCAGCAACCACAAAACCAGCUUUCUCAAAAGAACACUUUCUAUAUCUGAUAGAGCAGAGGGAGGAUCAAGCAACUUGGUUCCCAAAGGUUAUCUAGCUGUUUGUGUUGGUGAGGAUCUCAGCAGGUUUGUUAUACCAACUGAGUAUUUGGGUCAUCAAGCCUUUCACAUGUUGCUCAGAGAAGCUGAGGAAGAGUUUGGGUUUGAACAAACUGGUGUUUUGAGGAUUCCUUGUGAUGUUUAUGUGUUUCAGAGUAUUUUGAAGAUAGUGGAAGGAAAGGACAGGUUUUCUACUCAGAAAUGUAGGUUUAGCAUUGAAAAGAUGAUGGGGUACUGUUCCUCAAACCAUCUUGCAGCUUAUUCUCAUCAGCCUCAAAGUCCAAUGUGCAGAUAGUCUGGAUUUUUGACAUUUUUAUUCAUUUUUGCUCUUUAUGGAAGCUAUUCCAUGUACGAGGAUGACAGUUAAUCCAAUAACUAUAUGUCAGAUAACCCAUUUGGGGAUUAUGAAGCAAAGAAUACAACUUUCAUUGUACAAAUAUGUUUAAUUAAGAUUUAGGACUAAACUGUUUGGUAACA